AGUUGCCCUUACCUCUGUUCCACCAUGGUUGAAUUAUGGAGUUUUCUGCUCAUCCCGGACAGGCCACGCAAGGGCCCUCUAACUGAUGAGGAUUAUUACAACCUCAAAGCGCCUAGUAGGUUGGCGUACAGACUGAAGUACCAUCCGAGGCGGAUUCUGGACCUGGUCCUUAUCUUUGCGAGUUUGUUCCUCGAGUGGCUGGCCAAUACUAUGCUGGCACCAGUGACGCCUUGGUACGUUGAGAGACUCGCUCCUGAGAUGAACCCAGGCACGGCUGCCUCCAUACUGAUGGCAUCAUAUGCAGUUGGCACUUUCUGUUCAUCGAUGGUUACCGGUCCGAUAUCAGACAGGAUAGGGCGUCGUCCCGUCAUCGUGGGCGCCAUGACAAUAUUCAUGGUCUCGCAGUUCCUUGUAGCCAAUGCGUGGGACCUGGGAAGCUUCGCUGGCUUCCGCGCUAUGGGAGGUGUCGCUGCUGGUACCCGUCCGGUGAUCAUGGCGUUCAUCCUCGAUAGCAGUCGAUACGAGGACAUGAAGAUGUAUGGUGUUAUGUUUGGAUUGUGUGUUGUGGUCGGCCAAGCAGUCGGACCAAGCAUUGGUGGAGCUUUGGCCGAGAUAACUCUGUCCUUCCCCUUCUACUUCGUCGGUGUGCUAGGAGCGAUCCUUGUAUUGCUGCUCCUGUUGUUCCUCACUGAAUCGUUGCAUAAAGAUGAGAACGGCAUGCCUAUACGAAGAACGGGAGGACCUGAAGUCGUCAUGGCUAAGAACAAGUUCCUGUGGCCAACGGUCGCCUGUAUGGCCUUGGCAGCUUUCGCAGGACAGUAUAUAGAGAUCAACUGGUCUACUGUAUUCGGCCUGCUAGGCUCGGAGCAGUAUCAUCUCAAUCCUUGCCAGAAUGGUGGAGUUCUCAGUAUUGGUGUGCUUGCGAUGAUUGCUGUGAACAUUGUUUACGUGCCGGUUACUCGUGUUAUCGAGCCGGCUCUGGUGGGAAGCAUUGGUCUGUUCGUUUCUUGCCUUAUCGUUAUCGUUCCCUUUAUACAUAACCUGGUCGGGGUUAUUUUCCUGGGCAUGGCUAUCCAAGGAGGAGCGAUGUGUUACUUUGCCGGUAUGGGGUACUUCUCGGCAAGUGUUUGCCCCCCUAAAACGAGAGGACUCGUCAACUCUGUCAUCAUGGCCUCUGCGAAUUCCGGUGGAAUUUUCGGUCCAUUCGCUGCCGGUACUCUGUACGGCUUGAACACAGCCUCUCCGUUCUACCUGUCUGUCGGUGUCUCCUGUCUCGGAGGCCUAGCCUGUUUUGGUAUCCAGAUGGGUAUAGCAUAUCAGUCGAAGUUAAAUGAUGAUGCUGUAGAAGGACUGAUGACUGAUGUUCAUGACGAUCAGUCUACUACUCGCACAGUUUCGGUUUAACGCGUAAAGACUUAACAUUCUCCCUAGUGCGGUUGUACACCGCACCAAUUGAUCCCCUUCAUUGGAAGGGUGGUUCAUUCGAACGGCGUUCGCUGUUCGGUUAUCAUGGAAGAGUUAGCUUCCACCGU